UCGCUGCCCCUCUGAGCCUGAGCUGACCCAGUGAGGCCCCUGACCCCACCCCGACCCCCGCCAGGAAGCCAGCACAUUCAGCUUCCUGCGUCGCAGGCCCCAGCCUCUGGCGUGGGCUGGGGGCCCGCCCUGGGGGGCUGGGGUUGGGCCAGCGAGAGCCUGAGCUGACGCAGCUGCAGGGAGGGUGACCUGCAUGCCAAGCGCCGCCCCUGCGCCAUGGACCGCGGCCAGCCCACUCCGGAGCCCGCGGCAGCGGACCACGUCGCCCCCGGCCCGAGCGUGAUCGCGCCCGUGCGCGCCGUGGUCCGCCUGCGCCGCUGCGUGCGCCUCCUGCGCAAGCGGUGCCUCCCGCCUACGGCCGUGAGGCCGGACUCCGAGCCCCGGGCGCCGCGCGCGCACCCGGAGCAGCCUCAGUUCUUCACCUUCGACGGCCCGGCGGAGCUGUCCUCGAGGCCGCCGCGAAAGAAGCGCCGGCGCCGCCGCGUGGUGCUCUACCCCGAGACGUCGCGCAAGUACCGGCCGCGCGUGGAGCGCCGGAGCCGCGCGCAGCGUUGCCUGUUGUUGCUCGUGGCCAUCGUGGGCUUCCAGGUGCUCAACGCCAUCGAGAACCUGGACGAUAACUCGCAGCGCUAUGACCUUGACGGGCUGGAGAAGGCGCUGCAGCGUGCCGUGUUCGGCCAGCCGGCGGCCGUGGAGCGCAUCGUGGCGCUGCUGCGGGACUACCUGGCCACGCACGUGCACAGCCGCCCGCUGCUCCUGGCGCUGCACGGGCCCAGCGGCGUGGGCAAGAGCCAUGUGGGCCGCCUGCUGGCGCGCCACUUCCGCGCGGUGCUUGAGGACGGCGCGCUCGUGCUGCAGUACCACGUGCGGCACCACUGCCCCGAGCCGCGCGCCGCGGAGGACUGCCGCCAGGAGCUGGCGCGGCGCGUGGCCGACGUCGUGGCGCGGGCCGAGGCGGAGGAGAAGACCCCGCUCCUGGUUCUGGACGACGUGGAGCUCCUGCCGCCGGCGCUGCUGGACGAGCUGCACGGCUUCCUGCAGCCGCAGCGCUCGCACCACUUCCACAAUGCCAUCUACGUGCUCCUCAGCGGCAAUGGCGGCGCGGAGGUCACGCGCUUCGUGCUGCAGAACGCGUCCCGCGCGCUGGCCCUGCGCGCAGACGGCGCCCACGGGGCCGGGGCCGCGGCGGUGGCGGCACAGGCCGAGGAGGAGCUGCGCGCCAGCCUGAGGGCGCUCCUGGUCCGCGAGCACCCGCUGUGGCAGGUCGCGACUAUCGUGCCCUUCCUGCUGCUGGACAAGGGGGACGUGGUCAACUGCUUUCGGGACGAGAUGGCCGGGGAGGGCUUCUUCCCGGAGCAGGCCCGCGCCGAGCUCCUGGCCGCGCAGCUGAGUUACUACCGCGUGGCUGGCCGCGAGUUCGCCGUCACUGGCUGCAAGCAGGUGGUGGCCACGGUGAACCUCUUGUAGCGCAGGUGCCACCGGACGCAGUGGACGCCCACUGGCACGACGGGACGUUGGUUUGACAGGGGCAGUUGGAGGGAGGGGACCCUGUGGAUUUGCCCCAGGCCUCUAAGCCUCGAAUAAAUCUGUCCAUGGCCCUC